GUUUGAGUCUAUUUACAUAUUUGUAGUUUAACCUCUUUCAUGCACGAAAAAGUAAGCUUGAGCGUAUCAGUGCAGUUUGUUACAACUGUAAUGCUUUAUUCACGUCUGAUAUCUCUACGCGGGUAAUUUUGCAUGAUAAGUAUCUCGCUCGCUGAAGCAAGCUAAGUUUAAAACAUGUUGAACUGACCUACAUGAACGUAAAAUAAUCAUGAGAUGAAAAGUUUGCACAAUGGCAAAAGAUUCUGUCCGGUUCUCUGACAUCAGUAAUCUAGCAGAAACCUAAUAUGUUUCCGUCGCUCCUAUGAUCAUUGAUUUCACUUCAAGUUGUGUCACGCAAGAAGCCAAGACUUUUAACCUUCAAGGCUACCAUUUUUUCGAAGUUUGUAGUGACAUGUUUAUCUUUUUAACAACAAAGAACUUUUUACGAUCUACUUUACAUUUUUAUCGACCAUGCUUGAGGGAGAGUAAGACAUUUUAAGAGUAGAGAGUUAAUGAGUGAGAUAUUUUGAAGCCGUAUACGCGAAGAACAUUUUUUACGAAAAGAAUGUUUACCUUUUAAUUCAUGAUCUCUUCCAUGAUUUUGAAAUCAAGCUUGACGACACAAAAGCUAAUCUGGAGCUAAGAAAACUCGAACGCACUUAUUGAUCUAUGAUUACUACUAGUUAUAUGAUAAAAACAGGUUACAUUCUAAUUUCCUAAGCUAAAACGAACGUUAUAUUUUCUUUAAUUCCCACCGCGUAAAUGGCCCAGACUUUCGAACCCAUUAUUUGAACAUUUUUACAUUGUUACUGAGACCUCACUGCCUGCGAUGACAUUAUGAGCGCGUCAGUUUAACUUCUAGCAAUUGACAAAAACCGUUUUUUACUCAAUUUGAAUAUAUGCUUAACAGAAAUAUCGAUCAAGACUUGGUUAAUAAACUUUUUAUUACUAACAGUUUAACUCGUUUUCUAAUAGCCAGGCAAUUGUGCUAUUUGCUCGCUAAUCGCACGGCAACACAAAGGUCACACCAAGAUUGUCGAAAUCCAUCGUUUAAUAAACUGAAAAUACGGAGCAAAUAUUUAAUUGUUUGCUGACAAGGUGCAUGUAGCAGUCAUAUAACGAAGACAGAUAUAUUAAAAAAGAGUUCAGUUGACUGUAGCCGCAUGGCAGAAAAAUCCUGGAAAUGAAAAAUUUGACUGGAGGUGAAAACCCGCAAACAAUUGCAGAACUUUACUGCUCUGUGGAAUUUACUGGAGAGGUACAUGGCGAGCUCGUGUUUCUCUCUGUCAUCGACAUUUUUUUGUCAAUUACAGCAUUUUUGGGGAAUACUCUGAUCCUAGUUGCCCUUCACAAGGACACAUCAAUUCAUCCGCCAUCCAGACUGCUGUAUCGUAACCUAGCGAUAACUGAUCUUUGUGUUGGUAUCAUUGUCGGGCCUCUGAAUGUUGCUCAUUGGACAUCUGUGGUGAACAAAAGAUGCGAUAUUUGCUAUUACGCACUUUUGACAGCAUAUUUCGCAGGUGUUACUUUGUGUUCAGUGUCGUUGAUAACACUGACUGCAAUAAGCGUGGACAGACUUCUUGCUUUGCUACUGGGUCUCAGAUACAGACAAGUUGUAACUUUGAAAAGAACACGUUUAAUUGCUAUUGGUGGUUGGAUUGUGUCCGUUGUCGGUGCAUCUACAUCCUUUCUGAAUCUUUUUAUAGUUUCAUUGUGCCAAUAUAUUGUUACAGCUUUUUGUUUAGUCACUACAAUCUGUGCCUACACAAAAAUCUUCAUGUCUCUGCGUCAUAACCAAAUUCAUGUUCAGAACCAUGUUGUUCAAGGGCAAUCGAGCCAAGCAAAUACACUGAAUAUAGCUCGAUACAGAAAGGCAGUGUACAGUGCACUGUGGGUGCAGGUAACGUUGGUUAUUUGUUAUCUGCCGUACAGUAUCACUGUAGCUUUAACACCUCAAAGGGGGAUGCCUUUAUCUACUUACCUGGCUAGGCAAUUUACAGUUACUUUAGUGUUUUUAAACUCGUCGUUAAACCCGUUUCUGUACUGCUGGAAAAUCACAGAAGUGAGACAAGCUGUGAAAGAAACAUUACGACAACUACACUUCUGUACCUGA